GGGGGAUUGGUGGUGCAAGAAGAAUGUCUCCUUUCAACUUUGUCCGGGGCUGGCACCCCCCCCCCCCCAAGCAGGCCACACGCGGGUGGUGGGGUGCAGAUGUGCCGGGAUCAUCUCUCAAGUAGUUGAGUUGUGGCGAGAGGGGGUGGGGGUGAGGGUGGGGGGGCUCGAGGAGCCGGGUUUUGUUUUCCUGGGUGCAAUCUGGUGUCAUCAUAUUCCGGUCAGAUGUUGAAAUAUUCUUUGUUUAGGUCUUGAAGUGGAGGGAUCGCACUCUGCACGUCCACAUUUGUGGUGUGUGUGUGUGUGUGUGUGUGUGUGUGUGUGUGUGUUUGUUUUCUGUUUCUUUCUUUUAUUUUUGAGCAUGGGUGUCUCUCUGCAAGUGUGCCUUUCUAGAAUUUCUGAUGGGAGUAGUUAAGGUCCGGGCAUGUGUGGGCCUCGGCGCUGGCCUUGACAGUGAACUUUGUGGCUGUGUGGUGGAUUUCAAAGAUAUGAACAGCACCCCCCCCCUCCCCGCAGCUGGUGUGUUGUGUGUUGUGUGUGUGUGUGUGGGGGGGGAUGAGUUGUGUAUUGUUAAUAGUAGGAAUCAGAAUGUUGAUGAUUUGAGCCGGGGACGCUCUAGAGGGAAGAGUAUUUAUAUAUUAAUAAUUGAUAGUUGAAUAUUAGAAUCAGAUUAAUUUGGACUGCUGAAAGUUUUUUUUUUUCCCCUUUUCUUUUUUAAAGCAGUUGUGUACUCUAGGGAGAAAGUCUUCGUAGGCAUACUUUGUUGGGCUCUUUAGGGCAGGGAACUGCACUGUACUAUAGAGUAUUCUUAGGAACAUUUGUAGCCUCACUGAGGGCCUGCUAAGGAAACUGCAGCUAGGGAUUUUUUAAUGCUUAUGUUGUUUGUUUACUUUUGAUGCUCUCUCUUAAGCAGUAGGAAUAGAUAGGUCAGCUUUUUUGGGGGGGACUUAAAAAGCGACCCCACUCCCCCUUUUAAAAAGUUUCACAAUUUUACUUGACUUCACAGCAUCUUAGGAAACCGUUCACUACAUAUUUACUGGAAGUACUUUCAGUCGUUUUGAUUUUGCUUUGAAGGGUUCAUCCUUUUUCCUGUUCAGUCAUCUGGAAGGAGCUGACUCACAGAUACUUUUCUUCUGCUUACACGAAGAGCUCUAAUUGCUAUCCAGCAGGAGGUGCUACAGCAAGAUAAAAGCAAAUCUGAAUCUUGAGGGUGUACCUACUCCUUACAGCUCUUUCUUUGCUUCUGCUAAGCAACAGGAUUAACACCACCACAUUCCAGAAAGACCUUGAGAAGCCAGAGAGCUGAAAGAGAGCGAGUUUCCCCAAAACUGAUUUUUUUACUGCAGGACUUCUCAGAACCUUUAAUAUGCUAAUGUGCAUUGUGAAUCUCCAAGAGGGGGAUAUGAUAUGCAGCAUUCUUGAAUACUUCUAAUGACAGGGAGCCCACUACCUCAUAAGCUGCAGUGAGAAGAGGAGUUUAUUUUAAACGGAGGCUGAAGAAAUUAAUAGAAUUAGCAAACAGGAGAAAGUGGAGAAGGUGGAGGAUGGAGUUGCAGACUCUACAGGAGGCUCUGAAAGUGGAAAUUCAGGUUCACCAGAAACUGGUUGCUCAAAUGAAGCAGGAUCCACAGAUAUUUUUUCUUUCCAAUCAGAAUGCUGAUUUAAAGAAACAGCUUCAUGAACUCCAAGCCAAAAUCACAGCUCUGAGUGAGAAACAGAAAAGAGUAGUUGAACAGCUACGGAAGAACCUGAUAGUCAAGCAAGAACAACCAGACAAGUUCCAAAUACAGCCAUUGCCACAAUCUGAAAACAAACUACAAACAGCACAGCAGCAGCCACUGCAGCAGCUUCAGCAACAACAGCAGUACCACCACCACCACGCCCAGUCAGCGGCACCCUCUCCCAACCUGACCGCGUCACAGAAGACUGUAACAACAGCUUCUAUGAUUACCACAAAGACACUACCUCUCGUCUUGAAAGCAGCAACUGCGACCAUGCCUGCCUCUGUUGUGGGCCAGAGACCUACCAUUGCUAUGGUGACCGCCAUCAACAGUCAGAAGGCUGUGCUCAGCACUGAUGUGCAGAACACACCAGUCAACCUCCAGACGUCUAGUAAGGUCACUGGGCCUGGGGCAGAGGCUGUCCAAAUUGUGGCAAAAAACACAGUCACUCUGCAGGUUCAGGCAACACCUCCUCAGCCCAUCAAAGUACCACAAUUUAUCCCCCCUCCCAGACUCACUCCGCGUCCAAACUUUCUUCCACAGGUUCGACCCAAGCCUGUGGCCCAGAAUAACAUUCCUAUUGCCCCAGCGCCACCUCCCAUGCUUGCAGCUCCUCAACUUAUCCAGAGGCCUGUCAUGCUGACCAAGUUCACUCCCACAACCCUCCCUACCUCCCAGAAUUCCAUUCAUCCCGUCCGUGUCGUCAAUGGACAGACUGCAACCAUAGCCAAAACGUUCCCCAUGGCCCAGCUCACCAGCAUUGUGAUAGCUACUCCAGGGACCAGACUCGCUGGACCUCAAACUGUACAGCUUAGCAAGCCAAGCCUUGAAAAACAGACAAUUAAAUCUCACACAGAAACAGAUGAGAAGCAGACAGAGAGCCGCACCAUCACUCCACCUGCUGCACCCAAACCAAAACGGGAGGAGAACCCUCAGAAACUUGCCUUCAUGGUGUCUCUAGGACUGGUAACACAUGACCAUCUAGAAGAAAUCCAAAGCAAGAGGCAAGAACGAAAAAGAAGAACAACCGCAAAUCCUGUCUACAGUGGAGCAGUCUUUGAGCCAGAGCGUAAGAAGAGUGCAGUCACAUACCUGAACAGUACAAUGCACCCUGGGACCCGGAAGAGAGGUCGUCCUCCAAAAUACAAUGCAGUGCUGGGGUUUGGAGCCCUUACCCCAACAUCCCCCCCAUCCAGUCAUCCUGACUCCCCUGAAAAUGAAAAGACAGAGACCACAUUCACUUUCCCUGCACCUGUUCAGCCUGUGCCCCUGCCCAGCCCCAACUCCACAGACGGUGAUAUCCAUGAGGAUUUUUGCAGUGUUUGCAGAAAAAGUGGCCAGUUGUUGAUGUGUGACACAUGUUCCCGUGUUUAUCACUUGGACUGCUUAGACCCUCCUCUGAAAACGAUUCCCAAGGGCAUGUGGAUCUGUCCCAGAUGUCAAGACCAGAUGCUGAAGAAGGAAGAAGCAAUUCCUUGGCCAGGAACUUUAGCAAUUGUUCAUUCCUAUAUCGCCUACAAAGCAGCAAAAGAAGAAGAGAAACAGAAGUUACUUAAGUGGAGUUCAGAUUUAAAACAAGAACGAGAACAACUAGAGCAGAAGGUGAAACAACUCAGCAAUUCUAUAAGUAAAUGCAUGGAAAUGAAGAACACCAUCCUGGCCCGGCAGAAGGAGAUGCACAGCUCCCUGGAGAAGGUCAAACAGCUGAUCCGCCUCAUCCACGGCAUCGACCUCUCCAAAUCUGUAGACUCUGAGGCCACUGUGGGGGCCAUCUCCAAUGGCCCGGACUGCACCCCCCCUGCCAACGCCACCACCUCCACGCCGGCCCCCUCCCCCUCCUCCCAGAGCUGCACAGCGAACUGUAACCCGGGGGAAGAGACUAAAUAACGGAGCCCGCUCGCUCGAUUGCUCACUCGCUCGCUCGGAGAAGCCACGGGAUCCCGGCGGCAAGGAGAGCAGAACACUGAAGACUCUAGAAAAGCAGAGCCGGAUUUCUUCUGGAAAGUACAGAAUUCUUUUGGUUCUUUGGUUCCAGAGAGAGAGAAGAUGCUUGUGCCAGGUGGCACCAGAGUUUGCCAAUUGAUCCUUCUUAUUCUGUGUGUACAUGCAAAGAUUGGACCAUGUUACAUGAAAUAGUGCCAGCUGGAGGUUCUUUGCCAGCACCAUGCCAAGUGAAAUAAUAUAUUUACUCUCUCUAUUAUACACCAGUGUGUGCCUGCAGCAGCCUCCACAGCCACGAUGGGUUUGCUUUUGUUUUGCUGGGUGGGGAGCAGGGACGGGCGGAGGGAGGAAAGCAGGUUUCAGACCCUUAUGUGCGGAGCCGUUUGUUUAGGUAGAGAAGACAAGUCCAAAGAGUGUGUGGGCUUUCCUGUUUCUAAACUUUCACUCUUAUAAAACCAAAAAAAGAAAAAAAGAAAAAAAAGAAGAAAAAAAAACACAGAAAUUGAGAUUUAACCAAGCCCUGUGCCCAGAGGAGGGGUGGGGAUGGGAUGGGAGGGAGUCAGGGUGGGGAAAGUAUAUUGAAUAAGCAGUAUUCCAUAUUGUCUGGGGUGGGGCCCAGUGCAGGCGGGACGGACGGACACCAAGCACUUGGCUUCCCCACGCUCCCCACCUUCCUUCCCUGCUUCUGCAAAUUGGCGCGCAUCCCUGUGAAUGGUCGGUUCCCUUCCCUCUCCGAAAACGAGCAGAGGGGGCUCUCAGCUGGCCCUCGCAGGUCAGGGAAGAAGGGUGUGUGUGUGUGUGUGUGUGUGUGUGUGUGUGUGUGUGUGUGUAGGGAGGAAAAAAGGUGGAUCAGUGGUUUUACUUGAAAACAAGCUCCAUCCCUUUUCUAUAUUUAUAAGAAGAGACGAUCCUGAGUGAAGCAGCGCGCAACCCAGGUGUGUGUGAAUUGAGUGGAGACGUUCCUUUUUCUAUUUUCCUUCGUUCUUUUUCUUUUUUCUUUUUAAUUUUCAUUUCUGUAUUUUUUCUCUUAAAAAAGUUUUAUUUUGUCAUUUAUUUUGCUUUUUUUUUUUUUGUAACAAAAACUAAAAUAAGGAAUAGAAAAGCGGUUUUUUCAGGCUGACAGUCCACUUAAGGGUAGUCGAGCCCGUGCAUGGUAGAAUAGGAAUCCUAGUGUCAGUGAGGUCCUGUGAGUCCCUGUGAGUCCUUGUGUCAUCGUUCGGGGCACUGUUUUUUUUAUGCAAGGGCAAAAAAAAAAAUCUUUGUAUCUGGGGAAAACAACGACGACAGACGACUUUUUUUUUUUUAAUUAAAAAGGCAAAUAAAAGAUACUGAGGUCUUCCUAGUGUUACUUAAAUUAAGAUCAAGUUGAGAAACAUUGUAAAAAGAAAUUACAAAAGUGCUAUUUGUUUCCUAAAAAGUGAUUUCUAUUAAAAAAGGUGUCAGAACUGGAGCAAAUGCUGUGUAGUUAUAAUUUUUUAGCACAGAACCUGCUGAUCAUGAUGAAUUUUGCGGUGUUUGUGUCUCGAGACUGGUGGGCUCGUCUCCGUGAUUCUGUCCUCUGCAGGGAUGACUGCAGCCCUGAAGAGCCCUUCCCAUCAUUCUCCCUUCUCAGAAAAGACUGUCCUCUUCUUGGUGCAAGGAUCUUGGCUCCUGUUUUUGAAACCCAAACGGAGUGUGGAUGGUAUCAGGGCCCUCCUGUUGUCUCCUCAGAUUUUGCUAGAGCAAAAGGCUGGUGCCUAAAUAAGAUCCCUUCCUUUGGUGCUGCUUCAGUCUUUCAGCCACCAGCAUUAUGAGUGCCUGGGGGACAGCUCCGAAGGACACAGCAGUGAAACUCCCUUGUGCCCCUGCACCAGGUCCCUUGGCAGGAGGGUGCAGGGGACAGGCUUGACUGCAUCAGCCCGUGGUGCUUGGAAAGUACAGAGGAGCAAGAGAUCUUGAGGGUGUGUGGUGUCUCCCAGGCAGAGCCCCAGGGUGGCCUUUGUGUCUGUCUUGCCUUUGAAGAGAGGUCUGAAUCUCAGCCUCUGAAUCUUUCUCUGCCUGCUGGCUCCUCCAGGCACCAGAGAUAGAAUUUAACCUGCUGUGCUUGCCUUGGCCCAGCCUGUCUCCUUCUUAAGAAAAACAGGGUUCUGGAAGACUCAGCUCAUUUCUAUCAUCUUUCCUUGUGGGAAACGCAUUUUGUCAGAGAUAGGCUCCCACUGGUGACUUGUGCCCAUUGUGUGUGCCUGGCUGACAAGGAAGGAGGCAGUGGCUCUUACACCCCAGCACCCCCAGCCCCCCCCCAAGCUAAUUCCCCGUCCCUAAAAUGGCUAGAUCCUGAGAGAAGAAAAGGUCUCUUCAGUUUCUCCCUCACCCAGUUGUGUCCAGAGAGACAAAGAUGAAGCUUGCAAACAAACAGAACAGAGAGAGCUGCUUUUUAGCUAAAACGUGUCCCAUCUCUACCAACCAGUUUCAUUCAUCGUCCCAGAGGUGUUAGAAGGAGGGAUUAAGAGUGGCUUCACUGGGCUCACAAAAUAACUCACACACUCUGCCAUGUGACCCAGGAUUGAGCCUGGCCCCCAAGAAUUGAAGAAAGCUUUAGUGGUGGGGGUGUGGGGGUGUGUGUGUGUGUGUGUGUGUGUCUGUCUGUCUGUCUGUCUCUGUCUCUUACUCUCUCUCUGCAUCUUUGCCUCUAUCUGAAAAAGUCAGUCCACAGCAGUGAAGACCUACAGAGAACAGAGAGGGGAAGGGGGGCAGGCAGGCUGAAUUGGCUUCAGGGUCAGGCCCUGGCUGCAGGACUGCCCAUGGAGGACAGAGAGGAGCUUCUCUUCUCAUGCCGAAACCAAGGUGCUAUGUUUAGACUGGGAGCUUUGGAGGUGCCUGGACUAGUUGGAGUCGUUGGCAGAGCUUCCAGCCCAGCGGCAGACUGUGUGCCCUGACUUAGAGCUCUGCAUCCGACUUGGCUGGGCCCACAGGCGGGGGUGUCGGUGUGGGGGGUGCCGCCUACCCCCUAGCUUUUCUUGAAAGAAGUUGGGAGUUAUCUUUGCUAAGAAAGGAGCUGUCUGAGGAUUCUGGGGGAAGGCCAGGGGGAAACUGGGGACCAGGUAAGGUCAAAAAAGUGUUUGCCUGCUGGGUGCAAGAUGUGCUCUGACAGGGAGUCGAGCGUAGCACAGUGGGUUAAGCGUACGUGGCGAAAGGACCGGCUUAAGGAUCCCGGUUCGAGCCCCCGGCUCCCCACCUGCUGGGGAGUCGCUUCACAGGUGAUGAAGCAGGUCUGCAGGUGUCUGUCUUUCUCUCCCCCUCUCUGUCUUCCCCUCCUCUCUCCAUUUCUCUCUGUCCUAACAACGACAAUAUCAACAACAAUGAAAAACAAUAAGGGCAACAAAAAGGAAAAAUAUUUAAAAAAAAAAAAACGUGCUCUGACCUUGCCUUGGGCAAGGAUGUGGAUUCUUCCUGAAGCUCGGGUGUGAGCCGAUACGUGAAUCAUUUGUGGAGUACAAAAUGCAGCCCUGGCUGCACACACCCCCUGCCCCUCAGCCCUACCUUCUGGACUCAGAUUCCAGUACACUUCUAUGGCAGAGAAAAGGCCCUGGUGACCCGGUCUCCUGUUCCCUUGGUGUCCUGACAAGAUCAGACCUUCUGUCUGUCCCUCCAGGUGCCUGUGACCAACCAAGACACACACAAUCUCAUGACCACCCACCUGAGCUGCCUCCUCCUCCCUCCCUCCUUCAGCUCGCUGUGUGUGUGUGUGUUUGUGUGUGUGUGUGUGUGUGAGAGAGAGAGAGAGAGAGAGAGACUGAGUUGAGCCACCGGCAGGCACCUCUGAAAGCAGGCUGGCUUUAUAGUCAGUUCAGAGACCAAGAUGCUGGUCUGGGGUCAGGAUGGGGUGGGGGCAGCCCAUUUGGAGGCCCUUUGUCCGUGCUGUGCUCAGGCUUUGCGCCCUACAGACAGUGAGGUCAUGUCGCCAUCAUCUUUCCCCGAUCUUGCCAACGCGCCCGCAGGCCCUUUUUCUUUCUAAGAGCCUGCCUGGUCUCGUCUCACUGCGGCUGGGCUGAGCUCACCCGGGUUCUGCUUUCUUCUUUCCUUAUCAGGCCCCUUGGAGCAAGCCUGCUGGUUGUGCCUGGCAGAGACCCACUUCCGGGGGCUCCCUGGAGGCCUUCCUGUGUGGGGUCGGCAGUGGGGCCAGAGUAGCCUCCAGCUUGCAGCAUCCUAGUGCCCGGUGGCCCUUCUCUGCCGCUGCUUCUUCUUGGCUCAGGCUCCCCAGGCUGUGUAUACAGAUGCAGGGGCCCCUCUGCCCCAUGAGUGUGGGUGGCCGUGUCCAGCUCUCUGCAUGUACUGGCGCCCCGCAGCCAUCUAUGCGACUUCCUUUCUCGGGACCAUUAGGGCCUCCUAGGACUCUCUCAGCUCUGAUGGCACACUCUGGAUGGUUUUCUGCCGCCCUCCCUCUUAGGGUGUGGUCUCUUAUCUAUCCAAAGGGCUUAAUUGUGGAAGCUUUGGCCCUGGGAGCAAAAGCUCUUGGAGCGGUGGAUGGAUGGUGACUGAGGUACAUUUUUCAGGCCACGGCUUCUCCAGGCCCACGGCUUCAGUUGGAGGCAUCUUGGCUCUGUGCAAAGCACAGGGCCUUCUCCCCCACCCCUCAACUGGGCACCCCUGGCAGGAAACAGGAGACCCGUUUCUUACCCUGGGCCUGAGGAGAUUCCGAAGCAAAGGGAGCUGGGGGUUCUCUCCCUCCAGAGAGCCCUGGGAGGGGGGCACAGGGCUCUUAAAAAACAGCCCAGGGAAAGGGAGGACAGGGCUCACAGGGUCCGUUUUGCACCCCUCCCAGGAGGCCUUCUUCCCACAGCAGCCUCUGGCCCUGCACUCCUGGGGUGCACACAGGGAGGCAGAGCAGGAUGGGCAGGCGAGGGGUCAGCAAGGCCCUAGCAGAAAGAGCCAGCCAGCCAGCCCCACUCCUGUCUCUCGUCCACGCCCUUUGUGAUUUAAGUCUUGGUAGAACUUGUAUUUGGAGUUUUGUGCUUCAAAAUUUUUGUUUUUUUGUUUGUUUGACUUUUUUUUGUUUGUUUUUGUUUUGAGGGGGUGGGGGGAAUACAGAGCAGCUGAUCAAUUUGUAUUUAUUUAUUUUAACAUUUUACUAAAUAAAGCCAAAUAAAGCCUCUCA